AUGAAUCCCGCAUAUGCUAGGGAUUGGCCUGCUCCUCGCCGUGGUGGUCCUCCUUCACGUCGUUCUAACUUCCGCGUCAUUGUUGAAGGACUUCCACCUACCGGAUCUUGGCAGGAUUUGAAGGAUCAUCUUCGUGAAGCCGGCGAUGUUUGCUAUGCUGACGUAGCCCGUGAUGGAACGGGUGUUGCAGAAUUCACUCGUUAUGACGACAUGAAGUACGCUGUACGAAAACUUGACGAUACCAAAUUCCGUUCACACGAGGGAGAGACUGCAUAUAUCCGUAUUCGUGAGGACACAAGCGCUGGUCCUCGAAGUCGUUCCAGAAGCCGUUCACGCAGCCCUCGUCGCUCGUCACCCAAAUAUAGUCCGCGUCAGUCGCGCUCACGCAGUCGUUCUCCGUCGCACACUCCAUCUCGCUCUCGCAGCCGUUCGCAUGAGGAAUGA